AGGAAGCGUACGGGCAGAACAGUCGAGAACAGAACUACUGAACAUUUUGAUAACACCAGUAAUAUUUUAAGCGUUAUAAAAAACGAAACAAAUCAAUUAGACCGCAUUAUAAACUCGGACGUUUUUUUUAUAUCUAAAAGUGAAAACAAAGCCACAGAGAAAGAUGUCCCAGGACUCCUCUGCACUAAGGGAGGAAGGAAACAGUCAUUUUAAAACCGGUGAUGUCCAACAAGCUCUGACCUGCUACACAAAAGCCCUGAAGAUCAGCGACUGUCCAUCCGAGAGUGCAGUCCUGUACCGCAACCGCUCGGCAUGUUACCUUAAACUCGAGGACUACACCAAAGCAGAAGAAGAUGCCACUAAAUCUUUGGACGUUGAUCCAGGUGACAUCAAGGCCCGGUUUCGUCGAGCGCAGGCUCAGCAGAAGCUUGGACGGCUGGAUCAGGCGUUUAUGGACGUUCAGAAAUGUGCACAGCUCGAACCCAAGAAUAAAGCUUUUCAGGAUCUGCUUAGAGAGCUAGGAGCUCAGAUCCAGCAGAAGGCAACACAGCUCUCCUCCACAGACUCACGAGUUCAACAGAUGUUCAAACUCCUCCUGGAUAGUUCAGCACCAAUUGCAGACCGACAGAAGGCUGCUCAGAAUCUGGUGGUACUUUCCCGAGAGGACGCAGGCGCCGAGCAGAUCUUCAGAAAUGAUGGAGUCAAACUCCUACAUCAUCUUCUUGAGUCCAAACAGGAGGAACUGAUCCUUUCUGCUCUCCGGACUCUGGUCGGCCUGUGCACCGGACACCAGUCCAGGACCAUGGCCAUUGUGAACGAGCUGGGGAUGGAGCGAUUGUGUGGCGUCAUGGGCUCUUCUGCCUCCAGCGUGUCUCUGUCAGCCUGCCAUCUGCUCCAGGUGAUGUUUGAGGCUCUUACAGAGGGCAUGAAGAAACAGAUCCGAGGGAAAGAUGAAGCCAUACUGCCAGAACCGUCCCGCGAGUUGCGCUCCAUGUUGCGUCAUCUGCUUGACAUGCUGCCUGCGUCCAGUGUGUCUGGUGCGGGACGUGACAGUGCCAUCAACCUGCUGGUCAAACAGGUGCCCCGAAAAUCAGUGAAAAACCCAGACAACUCACUCAGCCUGUGGGUCAUCGACCAGGGGCUGAAGAAGAUUCUGGAAGUUGCGGGAACUGUUUCUGAAGUUGAAAACGGGCCGCCGCUCACUGAUAACACUCACAUGAGCUGCUCUGUGCUGCUUAAUAAGCUUUAUGAUGACCUGAAGAGCGAUAAAGAGAGGGAGAACUUCAGCAAGCUCUGUGAGGAAUAUGUGCAGCAUCACUUCAUGAGUUCGUCUAUGGAGCGUCGUCUGCAGGCGAUUCAGACAGUCUCCGUGCUCCUGCAGGGUCCCAGCGAUGUGGGAAACGUGACUCUGGAGCUGAGCGGCCUCAUGGACUCGGUCAUCUCUCUGUGUGCGUCUGAAGACAUCGUCCAGCAGCAGGUGGCAGUGGAGGCGCUCAUUCACGCCGCUGGCAAAGCCAAGAGAGCCUCCUUCAUCACUGCCAACGGUGUGGCACUGCUCAAAGAGCUCUACAAGAAGAGCCAGAACGACCGCAUACGAGUGCGCGCGCUGGUGGGCUUGUGUAAACUGGGCUCUGCUGGAGGCACAGAUUUCAGCAUGAAGCAGUUUGCUGAAGGUUCAACACUGAAACUCGCCAAGCAGUGCAGAAAGUGGCUCUGCAAUGAAUCUCUUCCUCCAGCAUCGCGGCGCUGGGCCAUCGAGGGCCUGGCUUACCUCACGCUGGACGCCGAUGUCAAAGAGGACCUAGUUGAGGACAAGAAAGCCCUUCAGGCCAUGUUUGAGCUGGCCAAGUCCGAGGACAAAACUGUGUUGUUUGCGGUGGGAUCGACGCUGGUAAACUGCACCAACAGCUACGAUGUGGAGAAGCCAGACCCGCAGAUGGUGGAGCUAGCUAAAUAUGCUAAACAACACGUACCAGAGGAGCAUCCAAAGGACGGCCAGUCGUUUGUGGAGCAGCGGGUGGUGAAGCUGCUGGAGGCCGGUGUGGUAUCAGCGCUGGUCUGUAUGGUGAAACAGGAGAGUCCUGCCAUGACCGAGGCCUGCAGAGAGUGUAUCGCCAGGGUGAUUUUGGCUCUGGUGGAGAGACAGGAGGACAGAGGGCUGGUUGUGGCACAAGGAGGAGGAAAAGCUUUGCUGCCGCUGGUUUCUGAGAGCACCGAUCGUGGGAAGAUUAAAGCAGCUCAAGCUCUGGCCAAAAUCACCAUCACAUCCAACCCAGAAAUUGCGUUUCCAGGCGAGAGGGUGUAUGAGGUGGUGAGACCCCUGGUCAGUCUUCUGGCUCUCGACUGCUCGAUGCUGCAGAACUUUGAGGCUCUGAUGGCUCUCACCAACCUGGCCGGCAUCAGCGAAAGACUCAGGCAGAAGAUCAUCAAGGAGAAAGCUGUGCCUAAAAUCGAGGGCUACAUGUUCGAGGAGCAUGACAUGGUCCGCGCUGCUUCCACUGAGUGUAUGUGCAAUCUGGCCUUAAGCACUGAGGUGCAAAAGCUUUAUCUGGCCGCUGACAGUGACCGUCUGAAGCUGCUGGUUCUCUACAGUGGUGAGGAUGAUGAGCGACUGAGGAAGGCUGCGUCCGGCACACUGGCUGUGCUGACCGGGGAGAUGCCUGAGCUGUGCACACGUAUUCCUGACACGACGAGCCACUGGCUGGAGAUCUUCCAGGCUCUUUUGCUCAGUGAAAGUCAGGACCUGCGGCAUCGUGGAGUGGUCAUCGUGAUGAACAUCAUGCAGGCGGAUAAAAGCUUAGCAGAGAAGCUGAUGGAGAGCGAGGCCCUGGAGAUCCUGUCUGUGCUGGCUAAAGCAGAUGAUCCAAAGCAGGCCUCUGUCCGGAAAGCCGCUCAACGAUGUUUAGAUCUGGCUCUUGAGUACGAACUCAUCCGGAGCAACGAGAGCGGAGUUAAUGGUAAUUCCAUUUAAUGCUGCAGUGUUUAAUGGAGUCCACAAUUGUAGCACACAUUUCAGACUGUCUAACGAGACCAAAUAUUGAGUUCAUUCACUUCCAUUCCAUUACAUGCACUCAAGCGCAUUCCAAGAUAGUCUAUGAUUAUUCCACUGUAGUGUGUAAGUAUUGAUCUUAUAUUAUUUAUACAUUGGCACAUUUGUUUGAUAUCAUCACGUCAUCAUUUAUACUCAAGUCUUAAUUGCUGAAUAUGAAAAAAAAGAUGUAUUCUGGUUUUAUAUAAACACUACUUUUGUUUCAA